UAUGAUAUUGCAACACAAGUCUUCCAGUUGUCGUUCAACCCUUCUGGUUGCUCGGUACAACAAGUCAUCAGCCGUGUUACCUCCGGGUGAUAAGCGGGGAAGCCGAGCGAUAAGACGACCACAGGUCUUUCGGCGUAACACCAGCCUCAAUUGACCUCCAACCUUCCUGUCCGAUCAGCAAGUAAUGAGAUUGUUGAAAGCAUUACCGCCAUGACUCCCCGCCCCGUCAUUGCCAUCGCCGGCCUCGCCUGCGAGACGUCCAUGUUUACCCCCGCCCGUACACGGGCCCCCGCAUUUCACCCCCGACGCGCCCUCGAGAUCAUCGACGAAUACCCCUUCCUCCAACCCGGCACAUCCCUGGGAGAUGCAGCUGUCUGGCGCGGGGCGCUGAUCGGUCACGCACUCCCUGGAGGUAUCGUGGUUCGGGACUCUUUCGAAGAACUGGCUGGAGAGAUUAUCACACGUUUAACCGAUAUCGCCGCGUCGACACCACUGGACGGAUUAUGGUUCGACAUUCAUGGCGCCAUGUGUGUGGAAGGUCUUGACGAUGCGGAAGCCGAGCUGCUGCGCAGGAUCCGAGCGGUGAUCGGACCAGAGGUUAUCGUAUCGGCGUCGAUGGAUCUCCACGGCAAUGUCUCGCGCAACCUGGCACAUCAGACGGACCUGAUUACUUGUUAUCGGAUGGCGCCUCAUGAAGAUGAAAGAGAGACGAAGGAACGGGCGUGUCGGAAUUUGGUCGAUUUACUCGCACAACAGGAGGAUGGCGAAGUGCGCCGACCACUCAAAGCAUGGAUUCCCCUUCCUAUAUUGCUCCCUGGCGAGCAGACGUCGACGCGCGUGGAACCUGCCAAAAGCCUUUAUGAACUGGUGCCAAAGGUGGAAUCACUGCCGGGAAUCAUCGAUGCAGCAAUCUGGGUCGGAUAUGCCUGGGCCGAUGAACCACGUAAUCGGGCAGCCGUGGUGGUCACAGGAACAUGCGAGGAAGCUGUUGCGGCUGGGGCGGAGCGACUGGCGAGGAGGUUCUGGGAUGUCCAUGCCGACUUUCACUUUGUCGGCCCGACAGGCUCUUUUGCGGACUGUAUCAAUGCGGCAUUAAAAUCACAUGCACGGCCAUUCUUCAUCUCGGACUCGGGCGACAAUCCGACCGCUGGGGGCUCGGGGGACGUUACUUGGGGCCUGACGCAGCUGCUGGCACGACCCGAAUUCCAGCAUGCAUCCGGACCGACAGUCAUCUACGCCAGUUUACCCGGACCACAAGCGGUACAGACAAUGGUGGAAGCGGGCAUUGGGGCCACUGUCACUGUCACGGCAGGGGCCGAAGUAGACUACACCCACGCGGGUCCUCUCACGAUGACUGGACGGGUGCAUGCGAUCAGACAAGGCGAUAAAGAUGCCGUGAUUGAGGCGGUUCUACAAGUUGGAUCGGUGUUUGCGAUUCUGACCCAACUCCGCAAGCCGUAUCACCACGAACACGACUUUACUGAUUUGAAUCUCCGACCACGGUCGGCAGACAUCGUCAUCGUUAAAAUUGGGUAUUUGGAGCCGGAGCUAUUCGACAUGGCGGCUGACUGGUUGCUGGCGUUGACUACGGGGGGAGUGGAUCAAGAUUUGGAGCGACUGGGACAUCGUCGGAUAUGUCGCCCGAUGUGGCCAUUCGACAAGGUGUUUCCUGUGCCUCCUGACCUUUGUGCACGGAUGAUUCCACCUUCAAAUGAGACUGUCUCGUAGGGAUGUUUGAGACAGGCAUUUAUUUCUAGACUCUGUCCAUGUCCUGGGCCACCCUUCCUGCUGCAUGGCUCUUACUGUAUCUUUGGGAGAGAGUAACUCUAUCUUCCCGUGAUGAGAGUCCUUUCCUGGCCCAGUACUUCGUCACAACAUUCUUAUCCGCUGAAGCACCCAUACACUGGCCGCAGUGUCAUCACAAAUGCGAGACCUUCCUGAACACAUUCCUAUAUCUAGAUAUUACCUCCAUCGACUGUUUCCAGUACUAUUAGAUCCACUUGGUAUAUUAGGAAACAAUGUCUUGUCUAGAAAAUGGCCCUCCAUACGCAAAGCA